AUGGGAAGAGAAGCUCCUCAAGGAAAGAAGAAGAGAACUGAGGAGGGAUACAGCCAGAGUGUCGAGGAGGAAACAAGCAAGGUUCCUAACACUGAAGCUCCAGCAGGGAAGAAGAGAAAAGGGGCUGGGAACCGGAAGAGAACGACAAAGAGACAGGAUAAAGCCACCGAGUCAGACACCUUUGACUCCCACUAUGUGGUUGGAGACAAACUGGGUGAAGGAGGCUGUGGAUCUGUCUUCGAAGGAAGACGCGUUUCUGAUGGCCUACAGGUGGCCAUCAAAUUUGUCUCAAAACGGGAAACAGACCGAUAUCUCUACAGCCCUGAUGAGUCCAAGGUCGUGCCUGUGGAAGUGGCCCUGAUGCAGAUGACGAGCCAAUUGCCCAUCUGCAAGAACAUAGUACAGCUCAUCAAGUGGUUUGACAAGGCUGAGGGAUACAUCCUGAUCCUGGAGCGCCCUGACCCUUGCGUGGACUUGGAGAGUUUCCUGAAAAGCCUCGGAAAUUGCGUGGAAGAAGAGACGGCCCGAGCCAUAAUGGUCCAAGCAGUGGAGGCAGUGAGCCAGUGCAGUACGCAAGGCGUCCUGCAUCGGGACAUCAAAUUGGAGAACUUCCUGAUCAACACAGACACCUCAGAGGUCAAACUUAUUGACUUUGGCUGUGGUGACCUGAUGAAGACAACAGAGUAUGACAGAUACACAGGCACUGUUCAAUACUGCCCUCCUGAAGUUUCUGUCAGUGGGACGUAUCACGCUGGUCCUGCAACAGUGUGGUCACUUGGUGUCCUGCUGUUUAGGAUGGUUUGUGGAUACCUUCCCUUUGCUGACGAUGAGGAGGCCAUAAUAGGGAUUCUGGACUUCAAAGACGGCCUGUCUAAGGAAUGCUGUAGUCUGAUUGUCUGGUGCCUGAAGUGCUUUCCAUCCCAGCGGCCUAGUUUGCAGCAGAUCAUGCAGCAUGAGUGGUUCCAGUGCACCAUCCAGGCCUAG